CAACUCCGCUCUCUACAAUUCAUGACCAAUGGACUUUGCCCGCUUCCAUACACGCUUCAGACUGACUGAUCGAACUCAACGCAUUUAGACUCAGCGACCUGAUACUGUCUUCUUUGUAUGCUAUAAAUUAACAAAACUACUAGAUCCUCAACGCACGACGUCGAGACUCAAUUCUUCGCUCACCCACACUUCUCCGAACUAAACCUCCACAGCCAAAUCAUGGCAGCCGAACCGUCUCCAUCUCUACCUCCAUCCAACGAUGAAAUCCUAGCACAUGCCAACAAAGUCUUCACCACCCGCCUCCUCCCCAAAAGCCCCAUCUACAACUUCCUUCUGACCCCGCUCGAGCUCAUAUCUGCAACAAAGGGCACUGUAGUAGCACGCCUGCCCCUCACGGACGUUCAUGUCAACUCCAAGGGCGGAAUCCACGGCUCCACCAGCGCCACGAUCGUAGACCUCAUCGGCGGCCUCGCAAUCGCCGCCUAUGACCUACGAGACUCCACAGGCGUGUCCGUCGAUAUCCACAUCACGUACGUAUCGUCGGCCAAGGUUGGCGAUAUCAUUGAGAUUGUGGGGAGCGUGGAUAAGGUGGGUGGCACUCUGGCCUAUACCAGUGUGACGAUAUGGAAGGUGGUUGAUGGACAGCGGGGGCCUGUUGUGGUGAAGGGGAGCCAUACAAAGUAUGUAAGGAUAUAAAGGAAUGCAUGAGAUGGAGCGAAAACCUAGACAACGCUUUCUUUCUUUGAGUCUGGCAUGAUUGCACUUCCCUUUGAAUGCGGGUCUCACUCGGAAAGCGAAGAUCAAGUGCUCCGUCGGUAUCUUACAUGGUCUUGUAAGAAGCCUUGCUAAGCGUCGGCAAUGUAAGCUGGUACUCCGGCAGAGCGACAUCUGAUUAUACACAUACACAUAGACUAUACCAUAAUAGUGUUCCGAAACAAAUAACUUUUCGACGCCCGACCGACCACU